CCAAAGAGACGAUAUAACCAACACACCAAAGCAAAAGCAUAAAAGAGAGAGAGAGAUAAGAGACAACGUUUUCCAAAUAAUCUCUUAUCUAAUUAAAGGGAUUACCAUCCUUCGCAACCUCCUUCACAAGUGCUUCUCAUUUGGAAUAGCAACAGGUUAUAGAAGCCAAAAUAAGGAUAAGGCAGAAAGAAAUGCAGGAUGACGAAGAGAAAAUGCAGAAACGUCUGAAAUCAUGUUCCUCUAGCACAAGCGCAAUACUGGCGAGAUGGAAUAUGGUUCAGCUUCAGGUCGGUUUAUUUGCCCUGCCAGAACAUAUCAGGAACAAAUGGUGUCACAAAGGCAGUUUUGACAGACUUUGUUUUUAAAUUAGAGAAAGAAGAGAUGUUGGUAUUAAGAUGCAAUCAAGUGUUGACGUGGGGUAAAGUGACCCUUUUGGUGGAAUAAAUAAUACGAUCUUCAAGGUUACCCUCUCAUGGUAGUGAGAACUCAAUUUUUGCUUGAUAUUUUUAUUUCAGGGAAAGGUGAAAUACUAACAUGCUCGCAAAUCUAAACUCAGAAUUGUUCUAUGGGGUGUUAGGAGGUUUGAGUCAAUUUGGAAUUAUAGUGAGAGCGAGAAUUGAUUUGGACAAUAAACCAAAGAAAAACACAAAAAUAAUAUUUUACCCAUUAAAUUUCUACAAUACUAACCAAAAUUGAACAAAAAUAAAAUGCAGGUGAAGAUUACCAAGAAAAUGAAAAAAAUUAAGUCAAGAAAAAUAACAUCUCAGCUAUUCCGAAAAACUAUUUUCCCAUUUAAAAUCUCAUUUCUUGACCAUAAUCAAUACAAUAAAAUUUUCUUGUUUUUCACCAGCUACUAACACCUCAGAUUUUGUAACGGAGCAGAAGUUUGACACAUGAAUAAAAAUAGCUAACCAAUCAAAUUAUAAUAUUAAUACAGAUCAUCUUAUUAUUUUGCCAACAGGGACACAUUGAUUCAUUUCUACGGAUAGAGAAACGGAAAAUUUAAGAAUGUCCGCCGAGUUCUUUUCCUUUUCACUACGUCUCUAAAGUUUUUCGAAUUUGAUCUUUUUUGGUUUUUAAUCGGAAUUGAAGCGACGGAGGAGGUGGUUGCGGAGCGAGCGGCGCAAUGGGAUCAACCUGUAUCGGAGUACUUAGAGCUCACGGAGCAGUACUUAGGGUUUCAACAGCCUGAUUCUGUCUAUGGUUUCUCUGAUGCUCUUGAGGGAUGUAAACGGCUCUCUUGGACGUUUGAGAAGGAAGGGACUAAACUUGAGUGGAGGUGGAAGUGUAAACCAUCACAUGAUAACAAGAAGAUCACUGUUGGGGUCUUGGAUUUUCUUAUGGAGGCUAAUAUAAGACUAAGUGAAGAAGUUGUGAACAAGACGAGAUCUUUUGAGAAGAUGAAGAGUGAAGCUGAGAGAUGUCUAGCUCAAGGUGAAAAGCUCUGCAAAGAAAAAACAGAGUUUGAAGAUGCAAGCUAUGCAAAGUUCCUUUCUGUGUUAAAUGCAAAGAAAGCAAAACUGAGAGCGCUAAGGGACAAAGAAGAUUCAGGGAAGGCAGUUGAGGAGGAAGAGUCGACAGACAAAACCGAAAGCUUUGACGACAGUGUAAGAAGUGACAAUGAGCAGAGCGAGGAAGUAGCCUCAAAGAAGGCAACAAGCAGCAAAGCUCAUGGCCGGAAGAGAGCUGCACGGAGCUAAGAGAUUCCCCUGCAUUGAGAUUUUAGGUCAGAGUUUCCAUUCCAAGUUUUGUCGAGCUCAUAGGUAGGAAAAGAGAAACAUCUUUUCGUUGAAAAUUUGCUAGAAUCUGUAUUGAUUGUGAAAGUAAAUGCAAUAGGCUUGGAGAUGAAAUACUACAGUCCCGUCUUGUGAAAGUAAAUGCAAUAGGCUUGUAAAACCAUUUUCUUUACCAAAACCUUUACUUCCCCUAUAUGGUUCUUGUGCCGCCGUGGGCCGUGGCCGAAGAGAUGCUCUUUUGGAGUUUAAAGCCUUUUGGAUGAUAUCUCUUUUAAGUUAAUAACAAGUUGAUUUUUGAGGAAAUACAUAAGUUGCGAGCUGAUGGGUCUAAGCCAGUUCCAAGGAAA